AUGACAUAUAACACAACGACAGGAUUUUGGCAACUUCUUUCCGAUGGAAAAAUUGGCGCAGAAAAGUCUAAUGGAAAAUCUUCAACAUCUGAACGACAUCCUUAUCAUGUAGUAUUCUCCUAUCAAACAAAUGGUAAAAGUUAUUUUUACGCUCAUAGUACAGAUACACUUAAGUGGUACAUUAAAGAACUAUCCGAUAGUGGUAAAAUUGGUGAGGAAACUGCAAGUGGAAUCCAGGAAACUCCUUACCAGGUUGCAUUUCCUUUUCAAAUUGGAAAUCGGGCAUAUUAUUACGCUCAAAAUGUUGAUUCCAAUUGUUGGUAUAUUCAAGAAUUGGUUGAAGGAGGACAAUUAGGUGAAGAAACUGAUCAAGGUCAAUGGUUAAAUGCUUAUCAUGUUGCUUUUCCUUUCACGAUUGAUGGAAGAACAUUCCAUUAUGGUCAUAAUAUCGAUUCAAAUUACUGGUUUAUUCAAGAAUUAUUAGAAGGUGGAAAAAUGGGCGAAGAGACCGCCAAUGGAACUUGGCAAAAUGCACAUCAUGUUUAUUUUCCUUAUCAAAUUAAAGACAAAUAUUAUCUUUACAUGCAUAAUACUACUAAUCGUUGUUGGUGGAUUUCUGAAUUACUUAGCGGUGGUAAGAUUGGGCAAGAGACGGCACGUGGAAGUUGGAAAAAUGUCUUUCAAGCUUCAAUUCCAUUUCAAAUAAAUGAAAAGAUUUAUUAUUAUGCUCAUAAUAUUCACACGAGACAUUGGUAUAUUCAAGAACUCAUUCAAGAUGGAAAGAUGGGUCCGAAGACGGCAAAUGCUAAGCAUAGUGACGACGAAAAAUUAAUCCCGGAUACUGUAUUUGAACACUCCUAG